GUUGGCAAUCCUUGACGUUCCUUCAGUCAUAGAAGUACCACUUCAUUGGGUGCCUUCUCCUGGAUGUCUGUGUCUCUUCAUCUCUUCCCACAAGGACACGUCCUGUCAGGUUGUACUUCAGGAAGACUACAGGGAAGAACACGUUUUCCUCUUGCCACAAAAGUUGCAAUAGAAAGUUACAGAAUCAAAAUGCCUGUGAACUGGAGAGCGCCUGUAUGGAAUGGCUAUUGGAAUGGAAGUUUUGGGGAGGAGAUGAGUUCAGUGGCCAUUCAAGAUUGGAGGAUCAGCAAAUGGCAGAACCUGUGAAGGCCUGAAAGGGCCAAAUGAGUAUUCUCAUCAUUGAGGCCUUCUAUGGAGGGUCCCAUAAACAGCUGGUGGAUCUCCUCCAAGAAGAACUAGAAGGCUGCGUCCUUUCUACCCUUCCGGCAAAGAAAUGGCACUGGAGAGCGCGGACAUCGGCUUUGUAUUUCUCCCAGCAUGUUCCCAUCAGUGAGCAGUACAGGAUCCUCUUUACAAGCUCAGUGCUUAACCUGGCUGAACUGGCUGCCCUUCGGCCUGACCUUGGGAAAUUGAAAAAGAUUCUCUACUUCCACGAGAACCAAUUGGUGUAUCCUGUCAAGAAAUGUCAGGAGAGGGAUUUUCAAUAUGGAUACAACCAAAUUCUUUCAUGCCUGGUGGCAGAUGUGGUGGUAUUCAACUCAGUUUUUAAUAUGGAGUCGUUUCUCACUUCCAUUGGGAAAUUUAUGAAGCUGAUGCCUGAUCACAGACCCAAGAAUCUGGAAAGCAUCAUCCGACCCAAGUGCCAAGUUAUUUACUUUCCCAUCAGAUUUCCUGAUGUGAGAAGAUUCAUGCCCAAGCACAAAACCACCCACUUAAAGACGAUGCUCAGCCUUAAAGGAAAUGCUGCUGCCGUUGCUCCGGCCAUGGCCCUUCUUCCUGUGCCUGAACAGAGAGGGUCUGCGGACGGACUCCAGAGUUUAAGCUCUGGGUCUGGACUCUGCGAAGCACACUCUGACCUUGAAACAGGGCAACCGGAAAGCCUGCGUAGCUCAGUAAUGCACGUGUCAGACUUGAACCCGGCCAACUCUUCAGAUAAUUCAGAUUCUCAUCAUGAAGACGGGAAACAGAAUCCAACUGUUAAUCCCUGUGCCCUUUUGGGUGGAGCGGAUGAUCAACAAAGACCAUUGCACAUCGUGUGGCCUCACAGGUGGGAGCACGAUAAAGAUCCAGAGAGUUUUUUUAAGGUGCUGCUGCAGCUCAAGGAGCUUGGACUCAAUUUCCACGUCUCAGUCCUUGGAGAAACCUUCACAGAUGUCCCAGCUAUCUUCUCAGAAGCCAAAAAGGCACUGGGGUCGUCCGCCUUACACUGGGGCUACUCAACCAGCAGAGAUGACUAUUUCCAAGUUCUGUGCAUGGCGGAUGUGGUCAUCUCAACAGCGAAACACGAAUUCUUUGGAGUGGCAAUGUUGGAAGCCGUGUAUUGUGGUUGUUACCCACUUUGUCCCAAGGACUUGGUUUAUCCUGAAAUCUUCCCAGCUGAAUAUCUGUAUUCUACACCUGAGCAGCUUUCAAAAAGGCUUCAGAAUUUCUGCAAGAGACCAGACAUUGUAAGAAAACAUCUCUAUAAGGGUGAAACGGCGCCGUUUUCUUGGGCAGCCCUACAUGGUAAAUUCAGGUCUCUGCUUAGAACAGAACCUAAGGAAGAUUUGUGACAGAUGGGGCUAAGUCACAAACUUGCAGCCUAAGGCAGAAUCUGUAGAACUUUCCAGAGUGUGCCCAUAUUUACCUGAUCAGAGAGCAAAGAAAGUCUGCAGAGGAAGCUGAGCCUGGCUGCUUGUCAUAGCUGACACAGAGCCAUCUGCCACAAACCUGUGGCGGCUUCAGAUCUCCAAGCCCUGCCACCACCCCAACUCAAAUUAAAGACAGACUCCCAGAGACGUUCGGAUGGUUACACAUGUCCUCGGCAUCACAUGUAGGAGACUGUUCAAAAAAAAUAUGUGGCCUGUUGUAUAACCGCACUCAUGUAUCCCAUAUGUGGUGCCACAUUGAAUUUCCGGUUGAAUCUGUUUUUAUCCUUUGUACUGGAUGACAUGGUGCCUGAAUUCUUUCUCUUCGCCGACACGAUGGCAGCCAAACUGCAGCUUCAAAAGCUCACACUUGGCUGGGUUUCUACCUAGGUUGCCAGGUUAUCAUCGGAGCCUUCUUGUGUCCUCAAAGGGCCACGGGGUCUGAAAGGAGGAUCAGAAUGCUACCGGACUAAUUGGGCAGCCCUCUCAGAAUUAUUUGUGGGAAAAGGGCUGCUUUAGCACUUUUCUUUUAGCAAAUUAAUGACUCUCCGGCACAGGGGUUUUUAAGUGAAGGUAUUAAUAAGGGGUCUGGCAGGUAUUCCCAUGGUUCACAGUGUUACAUUUGCAUUUAAUUAAUCUUAAAGAAAGUUGCAAGAUAAACAGCUGUAAUUCGGACAAACAUCAGAAGUACACUAAGUAGAGCCAUCUCUUCCAUGAAAUGAACACGGAGAGACUUGUUCUAAAUUUCUUUUUCUUCUGGGCUAAAACUAGAAAUAUCAACUUCUAACAAAACGAGCUUUUGAUAUAAGUACUCUAAAAAUAUUUGCAUCCGGCUACAAAUACAAUCUUUCAAGAUAAGUCACUUUAUAAUUCCAAUAUCAAGCAGCUGUAUUUGUUGAUGUAAAGAUGUUUUGAACAGUCAGAUUGUUAAAUAAAUUUUUAAUAAAGUACCCACUGCUAUUUUUAA